GACUGGGGUUUUGGAUAACCCGCGACAUACCCGUAGGAAAACCCUCUUUGAAAAUCGAAACUUUGAAAAAAUAUCUCAGGUCGCUUUUAGGCUGAAACUAGUCAGGAUGUAUUUUACUUUUGGAAUAUUAACACUUGAUGAAAAGAAAAAAAAUUAUCUUAAGAAUAAAAGAGGAAGGAGGGGGGGGGGCUAACCGGGAGGGGGAACUUUUUCAAAAUUUUCAUUUCAGGAGUAUUUUUAAAAAAUUAUUUUUCUCUUCAAUGCUUUAUUAUGUUGUUUCUUUGCUCAGUUCAAUUUAUUGUGAUGGUCCAAUUCUGCAAGCAGUACAGGAUGCCAGGCUAUUUUCUGAUUCAAAAUAUUUUGUAGAUAUGCCUCUUAAACAGGAUCCAGUCGCAACACUUCGUGCCUUUUACGAAUUGGGAGAACGAAGCAAAGAUGCCGAAAUAUUGAGCUCAUUUGUUGAAGCACAUUUUGAUGCCCCUGGACAUGAACUACAAGAAACAUAUCCUGAAGAUUGGGUGCCGUUUCCGAAUAGCUUUACCAACAUUGACGACUAUCAACUUCGACGGUGGGCAUUACAUUUACACCGAAUCUGGCGUGAUCUUUGCAGACGGGUAAAGGACGAUGUCCGUCUUCAUCAAGAGCGUUAUUCUUUACUUUACGUUCCCCAUCCAUUUAUUAUUCCUGGUGGCCGUUUUAAAGAAUUUUAUUAUUGGGAUUCUUUUUGGAUAUUGAAGGGACUUCUUUUUUCUGAAAUGUAUGACACAGCAAAGGGAACGAUUCUCAACCUUAUCUACAUGGUUGAAAAUCAUGGUUUUGUACCUAAUGGAGGGAGAGUUUACUAUUUGAGUCGGUCACAACCUCCACUUCUCACUCCAAUGGUUUAUGAAUAUUUUCUAGCAACUGGUGAUGUUGACUUUGUCCAACAAGUUCUACCCGCACUUGAAAAAGAACAAACUUUUUGGAAUUUAAAUAGAGCACGUUCUUUUCUUGAUCCGGAAACAAAAGAAGAAUUAUUUCAAUAUUAUCAAUAUCGGGCGGCGAUGAAGUUUGGAUUUUUUUAUUUGGUUUUUAAGAUUAUUUUUUCCUUUUUUUCAAGAUUUCCAAGACCUGAAAGCUAUAGAGAAGACAUGGAAAUGGUAAAAGGAUUGAAUACGGAUGAAGAACGUGAACAGAUGUGGUCGAAUUUGGCAUCGGGUAUUUUCUAG